UUGUGAAAGAAUGACACUUUGCUAAAAACUAAACAUUCCAAACAACAUCAUUAUUUUACUAUGGAAAUAACGCCAGAAGAAUUGAAAAAGAAAAUUACUCUAGCUUUACAAAUAAUCGACAGUUACAAGUGGCUCAUAGAUGCAUACAUUGUGGACUUCUAUCACCAUAACCACUGGAAAAAUCUUCCUGCAAGUUGGAUUUCAUGUUUCCAGGAUAUUCCGAUUAGACAUUUAUCAGAACUGCUAUCUUUCGACGCAAAAGGCACUACGAUGGCGGUAUGGCCUCUGUCGAUAAUUGCUUUGAGGUCGCUAUUUAAUCGGUUGGCGCAUACGAGGAUAAAAUCAGAGUGCACAACGCGUGAAAAUACACUGGAAAAAUCACAGAUUAAAACUGUCUACCGGCAACGAGCUGCAUUGUUUCAGAAGUCGGUAAAGCUGAAAAAACGUCAUGAAAUUGAACAAUUCGCUGUCAACUGUUUCAACGAGAUACCUGCUUAUCACAAGACAAUUGUUGAUAUUGGCUCUGGACAAGGAAAUCUAGCCAGAACCCUUGCCUAUGGAUUUGGGUUUCAAGUUUGCUGUAUUGAACAGAGUAGCACUUUUGUAGAAACAGCAAGACAGAAGGAUUUCGAGCUCUGGCAUCGUCUGGUUAAAUACGAUCCAAACUUGGAAGCAACAAUCGUACAUCCAGUGCAUUUGCACAGAAAAGUAAAUCUGACCAAGAUUGAUUGCGUUGAGUUUGUGCAAACUAUAAAACACGCGCUUAAUAUUGAAAAAUCUGAUGCAACCAACUUUGGCUUCGGUUUGGUCGGUCUUCAUCCUUGUGGUGAUUUAGCUCCAUCCUUAUUACGCCUAUUUCUGGCCUGCCACGAGUGUCGCUUCAUUAAGCUCGUGUGUUGCUGCUAUAUGAAGCUUACCACCUGUAAUACCGCAGCAAACAAUUCGCACAACGAGUAUGGAUUUCCUUUAAGCGAGUUUUGUCGUCAAUCGCACGUAUCAUUAACCUACGAAGCCAGAGAAAUAGCCUGCCAUGCCAUCGAACAGUAUCGCGAAAAGUUACUCGCUAAUUAUGGUGAGCUUAAGAUUCAUGCUUACCGGGCCACAAUUGAAACGAUAAUCGUUCGCUUGCAUCCGCAACAUAGGCACGCCGGGCUGAAAGGAGGAAUUAAAGCGGAUGAAAGCACCUUUCCUGAAUACUGUCAACGAGCAGUCGCUGAUCUUGGAGUAGUAAUACCCAACGAAGAAGUGCAUUCCGAAGAAACACAAAAGUGCCUUAAUCGAUGGGAGCAGGUAGUGAAGUUCUAUACAUUACGAUUGAUGUUUGCUCCUCUUGUAGAGACAGUCAUUCUGUACGAUAGAUUACUGUUUUUACUUGAAAAAGGUACUCGCGCCCGAGUUGACGUUCUCUUUGACCCGUGUCUUUCUCCAAGAAAUCAUGCGAUUACUGCUUUUAAAUAAUUACGUGUCCCCGCAAUAUAUAUUUUUUGUUGUCAUAUUCUUUAUUAAGUUUAAAUAAACAUCAACUACUAAAAUUAA